AAUACGGAAGUUGAGGGUUUUUCUAGUAAAAAAAACCCAAAACAAGCGGAGCUUCACUCGCGGUUCCAGUGAACAUUGUGUCCUGGCGUGGCUUCGAGCUUUUAAACGCAUUACCCGACAUUUGUACCCGGGGUUUAACAAGAUGCUAAACGCCGCCGCCGCAGAGAGAAACAAGGAGCCUAUCUUGGCGGUGCUCCGGGGCUGCGUGAACACCGACAGGCGGCUGCACGCGCUGGAGAUAUCCUCCGGUACCGGACAGCACGUGGUGCACUUCGCCCGGGCGCUCCACAACAUUACAUGGCAGCCGUCAGAGUUCGACCAUCGAUCACUGGCCAGUAUAGAAGCCUAUCGCGCCCACAACCAGCUGGACAAUGUGAAGCCCGCCAUCCUUCUGGAUGCUUCCAUGGCUCAUCAGCACUGGGGAGGGAUCCAGCCGGAGAGCCUGGAUCUGGUGCUCAACAUCAACAUGAUCCACAUCUCCCCCAUGGCUUGUACGGAGGGUUUGUUCAAAGGUGCUGGAGUGGUGCUGAAGCCCCAAGCCCUGCUCCUGACCUAUGGGCCCUACGCUGUUAAUGGCGACAUCACACCACAAAGCAAUGUUGAGUUCGACAUUGGCCUACGGCAAAGGAACCCAGAGUGGGGGCUUAGGGACGUCUCCCUCCUCAAAUCUCUCGCAGAAAUGAAUGGUUUAUUCCUGGAGAAAAUUGUGGACAUGCCGGCCAACAACAAAUGUCUCCUUUUCAGGAAGGAGAGUUUGGUAUGAAGUGUCGUUCCUUUAUGGGACUGCUCAGAAGGAGGGUGAAAAGCGCCUUGAAUGCACUCAAAACUUGCAUGUUGCCAAAUUCACUCAUUAGGAUGAAUACAUACACGGCCAGAAUGAAUGUAUCCUAAGUCUGUAAAACUACAUCACUGCACACCAGUAAAAUAACUCCUUUCAGCAGGA